GUCUCCCAGCCUCUCUCUCUCCCCGCCCCCCCGGCCUCCCUCCAGCUAGAAGCGGCUCGGGACACCCGGACUCCCGGAGUCACAGCUGUACUGCACGCAGCACUGACGACUAUUCUUUCGGACCGGUCGCGUAGACGGGCAGAGCUCCGCGCACAGCCUCCGCAUGGCGGCCCCCCGCCCCCCACCCGUGAUCUCCGUCUCUGUCUCGGCGCCCGCCUUCUAUGCCCCGCAGAAGAAGUUUGCCCCGGUCGUGGCCCCCAAACCAAAAGUGAACCCUUUCCGGGCCGGGGCUACGGAGAACCCUCCAGGGCCCGGGGCCCAGAGGGCCCAGAUGGGCAAGGUGGGCGAGAUUCCACCCCCACCCCCGGAAGAUUUCCCCCUGCCACCACCUCCCUUGCUUGCUGGGGAUGAUGGAGACGCUUCUCUGGGGGGGCCAUUCCCACCACCCCCUCCUCCAUUUGAGGAACCAUUCCCCCCUGCUCCAGAAGAAGAGACAUUCCCUUCCCCUCCACCUCCUGUCGAAGAAGUGGGGGUUGACCCUCCAGCACCAACUCAUCAGCCCAGAGGAAAGGUGAGCAGCAUUGACCUGGAGAUGGACUCUCUGUCCUCCUUGUUGGAUGACAUGACCCGGAAUGAUCCCUUCAAGCCCAGGGUUUCAUCUGGAUCUCUCCCAGCCGCCCCCCGAUUCCCUCCCAAGCCAAGUGUCCCACCUGCAGCUUCAAGCACAGCACCUCUUCCUCCUUGGUUGGCUCCUACUGGACCUCCUCAGGCUCGCUCUGUAUCUGUGACUAAGACCUUAGUCACACAGCCUCAAGCUCCUCCAGCUCCAGCUCCUCCAUUGGCAUCAGCCCCACCUGCAAAACCAUCUGUAGUUCCACCCCCAGCUCCAGCCCCAUCCACAAUCUCAACCCCAGCCCCUAAUCCUACCCCCAAGUUUAAUGCUGUGGCCCCCAAAUUCACUCCUGUGACACCUAAGUUUAGUCCUCCAGCACCUGGAGGUCCCCCUCAUAAGAAGGGGGGUCCUUCAAUCCCCACUAGUACAGGACCCUCUCAACAGCCUCAGCCUCCCAGCUUCACCUAUGCUCAACAGAGAGAGAAGCCCCGUGUUCAGGAGAAGCAACGUCCAGUGCCCCCUCCUGCCCAGGACCAGGUACGUCCUCCUGGGGCCCCAGGACCUCUGACUCUUCGGGAGGUAGAAGAGCUAGAAGAAUUGACACAGCAGCUAAUGAAGGACAUGGAGCAACCAUCCAGUAACAAACCCCCUACCAAUGUGUUCCCCUCCUUCCCCCCAGAGUAUUGUGGUCAGUGCCACCAGGCUCUGGUACGUUCCCAGCCUGCAGUCCGAGCACUUGGGCGUCUGUUCCAUGUGACGUGUUUCACGUGUCACCAGUGUGAGCGGCAGCUUCAGGGACAGCAGUUCUAUAGCCUUGAAGGGGCACCUUACUGUGAGCAAUGCUAUGAGAAUACCUUGGAGAAGUGUAGCACAUGUGGAGAGCCGAUCACUGAGCGCAUGCUGAGAGCCACGGGCCGGGCCUUUCAUCCCCAAUGCUUUACCUGUGUGGUCUGUGCCUGCCCUCUGGAAGGGACCUCCUUCAUCGUGGACCAAACCAACCGGCCCCACUGUGUCCCUGAUUAUCACCGGCAGUAUGCCCCACGCUGCUCUGUUUGUGCCGAGCCCAUCAUGCCUGAACCUGGCCGAGAUGAGACUGUCCGAGUGGUGGCUCUUGACAAAAACUUCCACAUGAAAUGUUACAAGUGUGAGGACUGUGGGAAACCCCUGUCAAUUGAGGCUGAUGAAAAUGGUUGCUUUCCACUGAAUGGACAUGUACUGUGUCGUAACUGCCACACAACCCGAGCCCAGACAUGAGGGUGAACUCAUUGAUGAAAAUCCUGAAGACCCAGGAUCUACUCCAGAUCAGAGAACUACCUACUUUCAGAUCAAGUCUUCUUUCACUCGAUUCAUCCUCAUUCCCCACCUUGAAGCCACAAGAAAAUUUACAGCUAGUCUUAAUGCUUGUCCCUUUUCAGUUUUAGGGGGACAGAAAAAUGAUGGAAAGCAUCAGAACCCAAGACCAAUCCCUUCAUUUUCAAUAUCCCUUUCCCAACCUGGUAUGGGACCACCUGUUUUUCAUCUUCCAGGCUUCACAGCAUCCUUUUGUACCCUUCUCUCUAUCCUUUUCCUUUUUGGGGAGCUUGACAGCUUGGGCAGCAUUACGCUUUUGCUCUUACACUGAAGCUGUUGGCUGGCUCACUCCCAGCAACCUUUGUACUCUUGUUUGUUGAGGGGUUUGAGGAGAAGCUGUGUCCUGGCUCUAUCCCAGAGGCUGGACUGGUAGCACCUUUUUUGGACCACAUGUUGUGGGACUCUGGCCACAAUUACAAAUAAAGUAUUCACCCCCACAGUU